ACGAGCUGUGUGCCCAGAGCUGUGUGCCCAUUGCUCUUACUGACCGGCGCAACCUCGUGCCGUCUUAUUUAAUCGCCAAAACUGCUGGGAAGUAGCUGCUGUUGUCCAGGUUUACAGAUGAGGGGUCCGUGGGGGCCUUCAGCCAGGAAGAGGCCCCGAGGCCCAACGGGGUUCCCAAAGGUUCUGGUCCCUGGAGGUGGCGGCCGCUCCCCUACACAGGAGCCGCUUAACGAGGGUUUGGGGAAAGGGGAUGGAGCUCCCAGAGUGGGACCACCGAGAGCUGGACCCCAACUCCCAUCCUGGGGCGGCAUGAGGCAGCGAGGGUGGCUCGGAGCCUGGACAGAGGGGAGAAAGUGGGCGCGGCGAGGGCCCAGGUACCCGAGGUGGGGGAGGCAACAGCCGCUCUGCUCCAGCUCCAGGGGCCCUCGAUCCUCCCCGCCCCCGUCGCGCCUCGCGACUCCGGCCCGCUUUCGGAGGCCCCGCCUCGCCGGCCGCCGCGCCCCGCCUCCGCGCCGCGCCCCGCUCCUCCCCGCCCGCCGUCCCCGGAGGCCCCGCUCCCGAGCCGCGCACCGCCCGCCCGCCUUCGGGAGGCACCGCCCCCCGCGCGCCGCCGCCGCCGCCACCGCCAUGGCCGCGCCGCCGCUGGAGGACGAGCUGACCUGCUCCAUUUGCCUGGGGCUCUAUCUGGAGCCGGUGACGCUGGUCUGCGGCCACAACUUCUGCGGGGCCUGCAUCCGGGACUGGGGGGACCGCCGCGACAAGGCGUGCCCCGAGUGCCGGAAGCCCUUCCCCGACGGCGCCGAGCUGCGCCGCAACGUGGCGCUCAGCGCAGUGCUCAAGGCGAUGCGCGCCGGGCCCGCCCCGGCCGCCGGCCCCGACCCUGCCCGGGCCCCUGGCUCCGCCCCGGGCGCGCGCUGCCCCCGACACGGGCGGCCGCUCGACCUCUUCUGUCGCACCGAGGGUCGCUGCAUAUGCAGCGCGUGCACCGUGAACGAGUGUCGCCUCCACGAGCGGGCGCUGCUGGACGCCGAGCGUCGGGAGCGCGAGGCCCAGCUGAGAGCCAUGUUGGAGGUCAGCCAGCAGCAGGCCACCCAGGCCGAGAGGCAGCUGAAGGAACUGCAGCAGCAGAGAAGCCAGAUCCAGAGCUCGGCCUGCAGCCUGGCCUCCGUGAUCUCUGGCAAGUUCAGCUGCCUGCUGCAGGCCCUAGAGAUGCGACGGGCCUUGACACUGAAGGACAUCAAGGUGGCCGAGACCCAGGCGCUAGCACAAGCCCAGGAUGGAGAAGAGCGACUACAGGGCCACCUGGAGGCCCUGGCUAGUUAUGACCGCGGGGUCCGGGACCUCCUGGAGCUGCUGGAUGACCGGACCUUCCUCCAGGAGUCACAGCUCCUGGUGCCCCCGGGGCCUCUUGGGCCUCUGACUCCUCCGCAGUGGGACGAAGAUCAGCAGCUGGCCGGCCUGAAGGAGUCACUGAGCCGGCUGUGUGACCUCCUCCUGGAUGAGGGGGGCCACCCCAGAGCACCAGCUGAGGCUGCUGAUUUGGGCCCCGUGGAGGCCCCGGGCCCCCUGGCACCAGUCCCGAGUCCGGUUUGUCCACUGAGGAGGAAACUCUGGCAGAAUUAUCGCAAUCUGACCUUCGAUCCGGACAGCGCCAAUCGCCACCUCUACCUGUCUCGUCAGGACCAGCAGAAAGAAAUGCAAAAUUUCAGUUUAGAGAAGAGUGAAACUACAGAGGAUUUUCUCACCAAGACCCCCAGCUUAAGAAUGUCUAAUUUAGGAAGAUGUUAUGCAGAGCCUCCUUGAGUCUUUCCUGGAAGGAGAGAAGAAAACGAAGAUCUAUGAAAUAUUAAAUGAGGGGUGCAAUCCGGGGGGAACUCACGGGAAGAAGGGGCAGAUCAUAGAGGGCCUUGUGGAGGAAGUAGCAUCUGAGCUGGGCUGUCAUGGGUUGCUAGGACGAAGGCGUGCAGAAACCAGUGCAGGAAAAGCUCUUCCAGCAGAGGAGUAGCGGAACCAGGCUGGGUGUGCCCAGUUUGGCAGGAAGGCGAGUAAUGAGUUCCAUACGUUGGUUUCCACUGGGAUCGCUACUUGAUCAUGACUAUCUCUUGUUUGCCAAGACCCAGGAACAGUUCGGAGGCUCGGGCAUCAGCACCACCCUGCUCCAAGGCCUGGCAGCCAGGCUGCAGGGGCUUGCUGAGACCACAGACACGCCUGGUUUUGCAGGGGUGAGGGGUGCCACUUGGGUUGGGACAUGUUCAUGGAUAAGCGCCAGCCGGCCUUCUGCUUCCCAGAUCAGAGCCUGCUCAGGAAGAUCGGCUUCCCUAGGAAAGCAUAGAGUUGUGAUUUUCAAGAUGGUGGUGUUUUAAUACUUCAUUUCCAUUAUUGUAGCUUUAAGGCUGUCCGACAGAGUAAUUCUUUUUUGAAAUGAAUUGGCUCUUAAGGGGAAAAGGUAACUGGCACUUUUGAGGUCUGUAGGAGCAUGUUCAUGCCUGCAUCUCACUCUGCCCUUGCAAGAACUAUGUCAUGAAGGAUGAGAAAUGGAAUUCUGACAGGUUACGUAUCUUGCCAGAGGUCACACAACUCUUCCAGUGGAGGAGGUAGAAUUUAAACCCAGAAAGUGCAACCUGAAAAUAAUCCUAAACCUCAUAUAUGAACCUAUCUACAGGGCUGCAGUACUGCUUGAAAGGAAAAGAAAAAGGUCAAACUGAAGCAAAACCAAGCAAAAGCCAUCCAGCAAAUGGGACUAAUGAGCAAGCCAUUCCCAGCCUCGCUUGCAUCUAUGAAAUUGAAAUGGGACCCAAGCCAUGUCCCAUGGUAGCACUGAAUGGUUUUGAUGUACAUUUUUUAAAGUUUAUUUAUUUAUUUUUUAGUGAUCUCUACACCCAACGUGGGGAUCAAACUCAUGACCCCAAGAUUAAGAGUCGCAUGCUCUUCCAACUGAGCCAGCCAGGCACCCCGUUUUGAUGUACUUUACAAUUUUUGAUUUGUAUUCAUUUCAAAAUAAUAGAAUUUAAAAAGUAAUUAAAUUUUUUUAAUUUAAAUUCAAUUAAUUAACAUAGAGUGAGUGUAUUACUAGUUUCAGAGGUAGAGUUCAGUGAUUCAUCAGUUGUAUAUAACACCCAGUGCUCAUUACAUCACGGGCCCUCCUUAAUGCCCAUCACCCAGUUACCCCAUCCCCCACCAGCAACCCUCAGUUUGUUUCCUAUGAUUAAGAGUCUCUUAUGGUUUGUCUCCCUCUCUGAUUUCAUCUUGUUCUAUGUUUCCCUCCCUUCCCCUAUGUUCCUCUGUUUUGUUUAUUAAAUUCCACAUGAGUGAAAUCAUAUUAAUUCUCUGAUUGAAAUAUUUCACUUAGCAUAAUACCCUCUAGUUCCACCUACGUCAUUGCAAAUGGCAAGAUUUCAUUUUUUUGAUGGCCGAGUAAUAUUUCAUUGUGUGUGUGUGUGUGUGUGUGUAUCUCACAGCUUCUUUAUCCAUUCAUCUAUCGAUGGACAUCUGGGCUCUUUCCAUAGUUUGGCUAUUGUGGACAUUGCUGCCAUAAACACUGGGAUGCAGGUACAUCACUACAUUUGUAUCUUUGGGGUAAAUACCUAGUAGUGCAAUUGCUGGGUUGUAGGGUAGCUCUAUUUUCAACUUUUUGAGGAACCUCCAUACUGUUUUCCAGAGUGGCUGCACCAGCUUGCAUUCCCACCAACAGUGUAGGAGGGCUCCCCUUUCUCCUUAUCCUCACCAACAUCCGUUGUUUCCUGACUUGUUAAUUUGCCCAUUCUGACUGGUGUGAGGUGGUAUCUCAUUGUGGUUUUGAUUUGUAUUUCCCUGAUAGUGAUGUUGAGCAUUUUUUCAUGUGUCUGUUGACCAUUUGAAUGUCUUCUUUGGAGAAAUGUCUGUUCGUGUCUUGUGCCCAUUUCUUUCUUUCUUUUUUUUUUUUUUUAAAGAUUUUAUUUAUUUAUUUGACAGAGAGAGACACAGUGAGAGAGGGAACACAAGCAGGGGGAGUGGGAGAGAGAGAAGCAGGCUUCCUGCCGAGCAGGGAGCCCGAUGCGGGGCUCGAUCCCAGGACCCUGGGAUCAUGACCUGAGCCGAAGGCAGAUGCUUAACGACUGAGCCACCCAGGCGCCCCUUGUGCCCAUUUCUUGAUUGGAUGAUUUGUUCUUUGGGUGUUGAGUUUGAUGCGUUCUUUAUAGAUUUUGGAUAGUAGCCCUUUAUCUGAUAAGGCAUUUGCAAAUAUCUUCUCCCAUUCUGUGGGUUGUCUUUUGGUUUUGUUGACUGUUUCCUUUGCUUUCAAAAUUUGUCCUGAUGAAGUCCCAAUAGUUCAUUGUUGCCUUUGUUUCCCUUGCCUUCGGUGAUGUUUCUAAGAAGAAGUUGCUGUGGCUGAGGUCGAAGAGGGUGCUACCUGUGUUCUCCUCUAGGAUUCUGACAGGAUUCUCCUGUCUCACAUUUAGGUCUUUCAUCCAUUUUGAGUCUAUUUUUGUGUACGGUGAAGGAAAUGGUCCAGUUUCAUUCUUCUGCAUGUGACUGCCCAAUUUUCCCAACACCAUUUGUUGAAGAGACUUGUCUUUUUCCCAUUGGAUAUUCUUUCCUGCUUUGUCAAAGAUUAGUUGACCAUAGAAUUGAGGGUCCAUUUUCUGGAUUUUCUAUUCUGUUCCACUGAUCUAUGUGUCUGUUUUUGUGCCAGUACCAGGCUGUCUUGAUGAUGACAGCUUUGUAAUAUAGCUUGAAGUCCAGAAUUGUGAUGCCACCAGGUUUGGUUUUCUUUGUUGACAUUCCUGCGGCUAUUCAGGGUCUUUUUUGGUUCCAUACAAAUUUUAGGAUUAUUUAUUUCAGCUCUGUGAAAAAUGUUGAUGGUAUUUUGAUAGGGAUUGCAUUGAACAUAUAGAUUGCUCUAGAUAGCAUAGACGUUUUAACAAUAUUUGUUCUUCCAAUCCAUAGAGCAUGGAACGUUUUUCCAUUUCUUCGUGUCUUCCUCACUUUCUUUCAUGAGUGUUCUAUAGCUUUCAGAGUACAUAUGCUUUGCCUCUUUGGUUAGGUUUAUUCCUAGUGACUCCUUAAUUUCUCUUUUUUCUGUCUCAUUGUUAGUGUAUAGAAAUGCAACUGAUUUCUGUGCAUUGAUUUUAUCUCCUGCCACGUUGCUGAAUUCUUGUAUGAGUUCUAGCAAUUUUGGGGUGGAGUCUUUUGGGUUUUUCACAUAGAGUAUCAUGUCAUCUGUGAAGAGUGGGAGUUUGACUUCUUCUUUGCUGAUUCGGAUGCCUUUUAUUUCUUUUUGUUGCCUGAUUGCUUAGGCUAGGACUUCUAGUACUAUGUUAAACAACAGUGGUGAGAGUGGACAUCCCUGCCUAAGGUGAUCCUGACCUUAGGGGAAAAGCUCUGCUUGAGAAUGAUAUUCGCUGUGGGCUUUUUGCAUAUGGCUUUUAUGAUAUUGAGGUAUGUUCCCUCUAACCCUACACUGUGAAGAAUUUUAAUCAAGAAAGGAUGCGUGUACUUUGUCAAAUGCUUUUUCUGCAUCUAUUGAAAGGAUCAUAUGGUUCUUGUCCUUUCAUUUAUUAAUGUAGUGUAUCACAAUGAUUGAUUUGUGGAUGUUGAACCACCCUUGCAGCCCAGGAAUAAAUCCCACUUGGUCGUGGUGAAUAAUCUUUUUUAAUGUACUGUUGGAUCCUAUUGGCUAGUAUCUUGGUGAGAAUUUUUGGAUCCAUGUUCAUCAGGGAUAUUGGUCUGUAAUUCUCCUUUUUGGUGGGGUUUGGGAUCAAGGUCUGGUUUUGUCUCGUUUGGGGAUCCAGGUAAUGCUGGCCUCACAGAAAGAGUCUGGAAGUUUUCCUUCCAUUUAUAUUUCUUGAAACAACUUCAGAAGAAUAGGUAUUACUUCUUCUUUAAAUGUUUGGUAAAAUUCCCCUGGGCAGCCGUCUGGCUCUUGUUUGUUGGAAGAUUUUUUAUUACUGCUUCAAUUUCCUUGCUGGUUAAGGGUCUGUUCAGGUUUUUAAUUUCUUCCUGUUUCAGUUUUGGUAGUUUAGUUUCUAGGAAUAUACCCAUUUCUUCCUGAUUGCCUAAUUUGUUGGCAUAUAGUUGCUUAUUUUUUUUUUAUUUAAGAUUUUAUUUAUUUAUCUGACAGAGAGAAAC